UUAGUAGUGACGAAUUUAAUAGUCAAGCUUUCAGCAAAGAUAAUUCUGAAGUUGAACAAAAAUCUCAAGAUCUAUUAGAUUCUUAUAUCAUGCAUAAACUUUCUAAAACCGAAAAAUCAAAAUUUAAUUAUUUACUUUUAAAAAUGAUGGUUGAAAAUUCAGAUUCAUUAGCUCUUUUUAAAUUUAUUAGUCCAAAAAUUAUACUUACUACUCGCAAACAUUUAAGUAGAAAGGUUUUAAAUGAAGCAGUUACUGAAUUUAUGUCAAGAAUUAAAGAAACAGCAAAAAAAGAUGAAAUUGGAGUUACUGUAACUAUGGAUACUCAAGAUAUUAGUAGUGAAAGAUCACGUACAAGUGAUAUUAUUUUAAAAGUAGAAGAGUUAUUCAAUGAGCUAGAAUCUCUUAAAAUUAAGACUAUAGCUUUAGUGACAGAUAGUGCAGCAGUUUAUGCAGCAGCCAAGUAA